AUGGACUCAAAUGCCCAUGAACAGCUGGUCUCCUUCAUACUUCUACAGCUGCUUGCUGCUUUGAAAAUGCUUCAGAGUGACGGUGUCGAGUCACUCAGCACCAAUUUUAAGGAAUUUCUCCUUUCGUACCGUUUUUCACCAGAUUCUCAAGCCGAACUGUGGGAAUUUCCGCGAUUGAUCUUUUUGCCGGAAACCCUCGGAGCGGAAAUCGAGAGCGGCGGAGAUGAGCUAGUUGGUUUGUGUCGUUAUGCGAUGAGAGCCCUAUGUACUUUGUUACAUCAUCGAAUGGAUGGAAAGACCCCACCUAUCAGAUUACGAUCACGCUAUUCUCGUGCACUUCUCGCCUGCGCCAACAUACUGCAAGAGGACAAAUCGUCGAGUUUGACGAAAGCAAAAAACGUGCUCGAGACAGCCCUUUGGGCAGGCGAGCAAUGCCGAACGGACAUUGAGGCUAGGAUUUGGCUCGACAUGGCUAGAGCGGAAUGUGUGGACGCCUUGCUGCGUCAAUUGGUAUGUGAACCGGGAUGUCAUUUGGGAGCCCGAGAGCGCUAUCGGGUCGAGUUUCUGCUGAGCGCCACUCCACGUUCGUUGAUGGAAAGCCAAGCGGCUAUACGCUCUGCCAACAUCUGA